AUGUCAAAUUUAACUGGUACCUCAGUGUCUUGUCUCCAUCUGAGUGACAUUGCAGCGCUACUAAAAAGUGUUCACCUGGAUUGGUCUCCAGCUGGAAUUAAGUCAGCAAUUAUGACAACAGCCGAUGUCAUAAACCUCAAAUCCAACUUAAUCGAGGAUGAAACGUACCUUCCAGCCGAUGUCUUUGCCACAGGUGCAGGCCAUGUUAAUCCAUCAAAAGCAAAUGAUCCCGGCCUGAUAUAUGAUAUAGAGCCAUCCGAUUACAUAUCUUAUUUAUGUGGUUUGAAUUAUACAAACAGACAGUUGCUGUCAUUGUGCAGUGCAAAGUUAAUUGUUCGGAGAUUACGAGCAUCUUAG